AUGGCGCCAAUAAGGAUGGCGUCUAAGACCAGUGGCGUCAAUGAAAACAUGAACGGCUUGAGCCACGGAAUUACAACGAGGAGUAAGCAAUUAGCUUCUCUGAAGAGUUACAAAGACAGUAUGAAGGUGCCAAACAAAAGGAAAGCAGACAGCCCCUUGAAAGACAUGACUGCUAAAAGAGCGGCGUUUGGGGACAUCACGAAUGCUUUUAACAAAUCAAGCGCCAAUCAUGAAAAAGACAAGACCAUGCCGAUGAAAAAAGUCACAGUGGAAAGUAAAAUGCUCCCAACCUUAAAGAGUGUCAAACCACAAACCACAGCUGUAAAUGGUAAGGCCUCCAAAACAAAACAAUUGCAAAAAGCAGCAACCAAUGCAUUAGAGUCUGUGCAGAAGCAUUUUGCCAAAGACCCGCCCAAAGUGAUAUCGACCAGAUCACAAAAUGGCAUCCUCAAGAACAUUGAGAAGAAAUCACUCGGUAAAGAGAAUCAGAAUCAAAGCCAGAGUUCAGCUAAGUCUGCCAGGAGUGAUGUUUCUGGAGAGCCAUCAUUAUAUGUUACAGCUUUAGAAAAUAUCACUCCAAAUGAGGCUACAAAGGAUGGAUACAAAAUGAUAAGCGAGAAACUUGACAAAGUGAACUUAGAUGACACAGUCAAUAGGUCUUUGGAUGAGGAAACCGACAACCCGCAUGAGGUGCCCGAGGGGGUGACUGACUUUGACAAGGAAAACUGGAAUGAUCUCACGCAAGUGUCCAACUACGCUAUGGACAUUUUUAACUACUUAAAGAGUAGAGAACGUCUCUACGUAAUCGACGACUACCUCGCACGGAUGAAGGGUAUCACGACAUGGAUGCGCGCCCUCCUUGUUGAUUGGAUGGUGGAGGUCCAAGAAAGUUUCGAACUAAACCACGAGACCUUAUACCUAGCUGUAAAGCUGGUAGAUCUAUACCUCACAAAGUCUAGCAAGACUCUGCCCGAGAAAGAGCAUCUGUCGAAAGAUGAUUUGCAAUUGCUCGGUGCGUCGUCAAUGUUCAUCGCAUCCAAGUUUGACGAACGAAUUCCACCACUAGUAGACGAUUUCCUAUACAUCUGUGACGGCGCGUACCCACUUCCAAAGUUGCUGGCUAUGGAGAUAAAAAUACUACAGGUCAUCGACUUCAACCUCGGCAUACCACUCUCCUAUAGGUUCCUUAGGAGAUACGCUCGGUGCGCGCGCGUGUCGAUGCCGACGCUGACGCUGGCGCGCUUCGUGCUGGAGCAGUGCCUGCUGGAGUACGCGCUGGCGGCGCGCUCCGACAGCCUCAUGGCGGCCGCCGCGCUCUACCUCGCCCUGCGCAUGAAGGCGCUGGGCGGCUGGACGCCCACGCUGGAGUACUACACAGGUUACAUGUUGAAGGACAUCCUUCCCAUAGCAAUAGAAAUCAAUGCCGCUCUACACAAAAAACCUAAAUCAGCAAUCAGCACAGUAAGGAAUAAAUACUCGCACACAGUCUUCUUUGAAGUAGCAAAAGUUCCACUCAUCGACGACGCAGCCCUCAGCAGUGGAAGGAGUUAGGGCAAUUGUAUACUGUUAAAGAUUAAAGGUAGGUCAAAAAUAUAUCAUACAUGUAAUCCUGAAGGCUCCAAGAUCCAUCCCACCUAGCUUCAUUGUUUAAAAUCAUCAAUCUAUUUAACAAUAUUGAUUGUUAAUGUAACUAAGCCUUGUAGAAAUCAACUACUUUUGGGAAAUGCCACGGUGCGUGUAUAACUUGAACGUUUUUAAAUUGUUAAGUAAUAAAAUAAUUUCGUUUGUA